AUGCGGAGCCGGCCGCGGAAUAACAUGGGGGGCGGCCACUCCCACAGGGCGCCCGUCUUCGACGAGAACGAGGACGUUAACUUUGACCACUUUCAAAUAUUGCGGGCUAUCGGGAAAGGGAGUUUUGGAAAGGUGUGCAUUGUACAGAAGAGAGACACCAAGAAAAUGUAUGCCAUGAAGUAUAUGAAUAAACAGAAGUGCAUUGAGAGAGAUGAAGUUCGCAAUGUUUUCCGGGAGCUGCAGAUAAUGCAAGGCCUGGAACAUCCCUUCUUAGUCAAUCUGUGGUAUUCCUUUCAAGAUGAAGAAGACAUGUUCAUGGUGGUUGAUCUCUUACUCGGAGGUGACCUGCGUUACCAUUUGCAGCAGAAUGUCCACUUCAAUGAAGGAACUGUUAAACUGUACAUUUGUGAGCUGGCACUUUCCUUGGAUUAUUUGCAGAGGUACCACAUCAUUCACAGGGACAUCAAACCUGACAACAUACUACUGGAUGAACAUGGCCAUGUUCACAUCACUGACUUUAACGUAGCAACCAUAGUGAAAGGCUCAGAAAAAGCUUCUUCUAUGGCUGGCACAAAACCCUAUAUGGCUCCAGAAGUGUUCCAGGCUUUUAUGGAUGGAGGUCCAGGAUACUCAUACCCGGUAGACUGGUGGUCGCUAGGAAUUACAGCAUAUGAAUUACUGAGGGGCUGGAGGCCCUAUGAAAUUCAUUCAGCCACCCCCAUUGAUGAGAUACUCAGCAUGUUCAAGAUGGAAAGAGUUCACUAUUCAUCCACAUGGUGCAAGGGCAUGAUAGCACUACUGAAAAAGCUUCUCUCUAAGGACCCGGAGUGCCGCCUGUCAAGUCUUGCAGACAUCCAAAACUCUCCAUACCUAGCUGAUGUCAACUGGGAUGCUGUUCUAGAGAAAGCUGUGACCCCAGGCUUUGUUCCUAAUAAAGGAAGACUGAACUGUGAUCCCACAUUUGAACUUGAAGAAAUGAUUUUAGAGUCCAAGCCUCUCCAUAAAAAGAAAAAGCGACUUGCCAAAAACAAAUCCAAAGAUGGAGCUAAGGAAACCUGCCCACUGAACGUACACCUGCAGCAGUGCUUGGAAACCGUUAGGAAAGAAUUCAUCAUAUUCAACAGAGAGAAAUUAAGGAGACAGCAGGAUCAAAGCGCACAGACUUCCAGCAUUGAGAGCAGAGCAUCUCUUCAGAGCCACGAGAAACUCCAGGACGGGCGGAACAACAAUUUGCUGGGACACGGCUGCACCAGAGGCUGCAGCAGUUAG